AUGCUCGCCUGUGUCUCCGAGCGCACAAGCCGCGACAGCGAUGAAACGGGCAAAUUCGAGAGCCCUAUCGAGAGUGUCCUGCUCUCUGCUGACCUGCUGCCAACCAUAUUCGCUCACCUACCGCUGGCCGACUACUUCCACGCCGCGUCCACAUGCCGGGAUUGGCAGAACGCUCAAGCGGAGGACUGGCUUGAAGAGCCAAAACCAUUCGCAUUGUGCAGUGCUGAGCCGCUCGAGGCUCUGAGGUUGCUCGCGCAGUGCCAGGCGCGCGGAAUUCGCUCGGCGCGAGUGACGGAGGCGUGCUUGCGACGGCUGCGCAGCGCGCUGGCGCGGAUAAAGCGUGGCACACCCGACACGGAGCAGGAGACGGCGCUUCUGGAACAGCGCGAGACGACUCGGGCGCAGCUGAUGGCCGCGGCCGUGGUGCCAACGCUGGUCGCCGCGCUGACCGAGCACGCUGGCCGUACCGCCGUGCAGUUGGGCGCCCUUGUAGACGAUGCUGUGAUGCGCAGCACGGUCAACGCCGGUAUCGUGCCGCUGCUCCUUGCCAACCUACGCCAUGGUGGUGCGUGUGCCGACGACUCCAAGCUGGUGCUGCUCAGAGCGUCGCUCGGUGCAGCCCGCCACCUUGGCCGCGCCUCGCUUCUCCGCGAGGCCGUGGGCGCGCCACCGCUGCCCUCGGUCGUCGAUGCGCUGCUCGCCGCCAUCGACCACCUCAUGGACGUGUGCGCGCGUGGCAAGGCGUCAGAGAGGAGUGAGGAGCGCCCGGCGCGUGGUGGCUCGGCGCCCCUUCCGCGCGACCGCGCAACGCACUCCCUCUGGAUCGACCGAGUGGUGCGUCUCCUCGACGCUACCGCGCGCUUCUCCGACGGCGCCAUCUGCAUCGGUAGCAAUGGCGCGAUGCGGGCGGCGGUCGCUGCGUCGCGUGCGGCGCGGCUGCUGCUCUGGCUCGCGAGCAGCCGCCAUCCCACCACGGCCACUGUGUCCCCGCCAGAUGACGAUCGCGGCACUGGCCUGCUCAUAGCCGAAGACCACCCAAGUUGGCUGGCGGUGGUGCUGCGCCGCGGCGGCCUCGAGGCGGUGGCGCGCAAUCUCCUGGCGGCGGAGGCGCGCGCCGAGCGCAUGCGGCAGGGGUGGGAACAGAAGCAGUGGGCGGGCAUGCGUUCGCAUCAGUGCGCUCCGCUGCGCAAAGCCCUGACGUGGCUCGUGCGCCGUGAGGAGGAGAUGGGGCUCGGCGUGGGUGGCACCGAGGGCAUCACGGCGUGGCAGACGGUGAAGCAACGAACGAGCUAG